UUGCAAAUCAGUGAAUUUGCUCUUUCUAUAUCUUUGAUUUUUUGGUCAAUUUUUGUUUGCUACACCCGAACCGGUUGCUUGGUGAAAACAUAUUUGAAUAGCUCGGCUGAAAUCCUUAUAAAUCAAGCGAUUCGGGAAACCGGUUCGUUUUAAACGGUUCCAUAAUGCGCGCGCUGCAAAAAGACAGAAAAAAUGAAUAAGAAACAAGAAAUAACAUAUAGAGUACGCCGCUUCCUCCAAAUAGUUCGCCUACGUAGGUUGUGGUCUCUCUUUUUCUGAUACGAAGUGUGUUGAGUGUGUGAACUCGGCUCUUUUUCACCCGACUCUGAGUUUGCGAGCGGCAGGCAGGCCACCACAACCACCGAAAGCAGUCGGCCUGUGAAGUAUAUUUUUGUUAUUUCCCUACCGACGCUCCAAGCAAUCGGAACGCUCGAGCAGCAGCGCGGCGAAAAUAUAUAGAAAUUCGAGAGAAAGAAAUAAAAGGAGCCGAGCCACCAGCCACCAGCCCCCCAGCAGAACGAGAAAAGCACGCGCGUCAUCGUAAAAACGUGCUACCGAAUCCGAAUCCGAAAGAAAACCAAAACCUAAAAACCAAAGUAAAUAGGUGCGCGAAAUUACAUAAAAGCCCAGGAUGACCGAUGCCAGUGCAAAUAGUCUGGAUGUUUCCGUGGACGUUGUCUGGCCCACAAUCAUUGUCCUGACCAUGCUGGUGAUAAACGGCUUCGUCUUCGCCUACAUCAUGCGAAAGCGGCGGGAGUACAAGGGCCAGGAGGACCAGGAGCAACUACCUGUUCCACAGACAUCGUACGCGGCCACCAGCCAAGUGGCCACUGCACACGCUGUUCCGGAGGACGAUAGCUGUGCCAUCGAGAUGGAGCGACUGUAGGAGGAAUGCUGGUAUCCCGCGUGAAGUGUAGCUAUAGCUCUCAGAUACUCACCCAUCGUCCAACUCAACUGCUCUCAACUGCAACGAAGUUUCCUAAGCUCUCAAAUCGCAAGAGUUAUAAGAUAUACAGAACGUAUACGUCGAGUGCCUGGAUCGCACGUGCAUUUAAUUACGGUUUUAAGUUGUUAACUCUAUGCCUAGAUCGCCAUUCAUUUUUCUACAAAAAAAAAAAAAGUAUAUAAUAAAACGUGUGAAUUUUGUCAUGCCAUAUCGAAAACCAAAA